ACAGGAAGAUACUUUGGUACUUGUAAUUUUCUAUAUUACGUAUAGAAAAUGAUAGUUUGUUUCCUGGUACGAUCAUAUCUUAAUAUUUGAAACAUAUAUGUUUCCUUGCUUCUUUUAAAAGUAGAUUUUUUCGCUUAACAAGGAAGAAACCUCAGCAAGAUAUGGUUUCAUAAAAUUUAACACCCAAGAUAAGCUUAACUGUUAUAUUAUUUUGCAAAAUGGUGGUGCUAUAUUCAUUUAUAUAGAAUAUAUGUGGAAAUAUGGGAGGUAAUGAUAGUGAUGAGAUAGCUCUUAAUGAGCUUAAUAAGGAUAAAAUAAACGAGUAUGCACUAGCAAUUGCAUUUGCCUCGUUAAUGAUAGUUUUAGGGUCAGUUGGGAACAUCUUUUCGGUGAUAUACUACGGAUUUAAAGCACCUAAGACAUCAACAAAUGUGAUCAUCACUGGACUGGCAAUUGUGGACUUAAUAGCAUGUUUCGUAUUUAUUGACGAAAUAUUCGAGCUAUGUUUUACUGUAACAUAUAGAAGCCGGGCUGCGUGUAAAAUUUUGUACUUUGUAAACGAAUGGUUGGUUGUGACCUCGGGAUUUAUACUUCUUCUCGUAGCCGUCGAUCGCUAUCGUAAAAUAUGUCGACCUUUCCAGUGGCAAUUGACAGGCAAAUCCUCCAAAUUGUCCUUUGCAGCUAUUAUCCUUGUGGCAAUGAUAUAUUGUGUGCGAAACAUCGCAUUGCUGGACAUUGUCGAAGUUCAGGUUCCUGACCAAGAAGGUAACAAAAUGAUUCGUGCCUAUUAUUGCACUCAUUCCAAGGAUCCGGAUCUUUCUGUAAUUAUUGAAGUAUUUCACAAACUGGAUUUUGCUUCGACAACACUAGUGAUCAUCAUUCUGGCGAUCCUGUACUCGCUUAUAUCCAAGACCCUUUGGACAUCACGGCGUACGAUUAGAAAAUCGUGCAGUAUCAAGCGAGCUCACGGUAACUUUGAUGUUAGCGUUCAUAACGCUGAGGAAGGGGAACUCGAUGUUUCUAUAAGCGACACAGACUUGAACACGGUAGAUUUUACAGCCAGUCUACCAAGGAACAUUCAGUCGGAUUUCCAGAAUAACGAUAUUCGACCUUCUUUUCAAAACGAAGGAAAGAUUGCUAAUCAACUAAAAACCGAUCAACGGGAUUCUACAAUUACCUUUAGCUGUACAGCUAAAUGCAAUGAAGAUGUUAAGCCCAAAGCCACCAACAACAUGGCUACAGACAGUGGAAGCCCUUUCAGAAACGAUUCCAAACUUGAUUCAAAAUCGACAUUAAAACGUCAAAAGAUUAAAAGUAUCAAGCAAGCGAGGAGAGAGAGAAAAGUAACAAUAAUGAUGAUAAUAGUAACAGUAGUGUCUUUGGCUAGCUUUUCACCGUACUUUAUAGUGACAUUCGGCUUAAAGCAAGCAGACCAAUCAGCAGACCAGGAAUUUAAUGUCGGUGUACAGAUCGCUCUACGUUCAUUCAUGUUAAACAAUGCGAUAAACCCUUACAUAAUGGGGGCCCUUAACGCAAAGUACAGAUAUUUUGUUAAGCGCGCUUUGUGCUGUUUACUAUAUAAACAAUAAUCACCAGUUCAUUAAGGUAUCCGAACCACAAAUUUGUAAUUAUUGGAUGCCAUUUGACCCCGCGAUAUUUUGGUAUCAUUUGAAAGGGUUUAAUGUGUACACAAAACUAAGAUUUAUUUGUUUUACCUAAAAAAUUUAUACCUUCAAAGAUAAGAAAUUUAGUAUUGCAUAUCAGAAUUCAGUUGAAAUAUAGAGCAAAAAUGCAAAGUGUAAUGAGAUGUAUUUAGGUCACUUAUUUUACAUACCAGAAAUCAGCAAGUAGAUGCCUUUCAAAUGAUACCAGACGUUUAUAUGGUCAAUAGGUUUUAAAAUUCAACAUUAUUGUUAUCAGAGAACUAUCUUAUUUGUAUGAUGGAUUCUUUAAGUAUAAAUAAUUCAUUAAAGGUUUCGAGUAAUACAUAAAAGUUUGUUUCAGUGUAAGAUAGUAAUAUAUUUCAUCGAGUGAGCACCAAACGCUAUAUUUCACGAGUGGCGUACCAACGCGAAUUACUCGUGAUGUUUACGAGGUGAAAUAUGUUGCGAUCUUACACUGACAUAUAAAAAAAUCUUUUAAUUGUAUGCCUAAAGAAAUUAAUUUGGUAGUUUAUUGUACUUUUUACUGAGAAGCGCGCCAAGUUGUAUGCGAACAUUGAGUUUGUGUUCCAGUCCUAUGCGCACUGACGUUUGAUUUUGACUUGAGAGCGGGCUACAAUUUCAAAACAUUGAAAAAGAAUCAAAAUGGUAUUUCUCUGUUUGGAACAUUGAAAUAUCAUUUUUAUUUCACUGAUAUGUCUCUGUAUUCCACCGGAAAUUAACGUACAAACGUCUCUUGACCGUAUAUGUGCAUUGUAUCGUCCAUGCGUUUGUGUAUACUAUUUUAUUUACAAUAAUUAAAGGUUUAAUCAUA